GUUUUUCAUUGUAGAAAAGUAUUACAAGCACAACAUCAUACACUACACAACUGUAGUUUUUCUCUAUUUUUCAGUCUAUGAGUGAAUUAUGGAUGGAAAGUCACUUGAAGAGAUAACUGACACAGAUUUGUGAAGGCUGCAAGCUGUGUGAUUGCUACAUUCUAAUGAUCGGAGGUUUGAAUUCACUGACUGUGAACCAAACCACCGCCUCUCAAUAACAUUAUUAUUGUAUCAGCAAUGAAGUUCAUUACUCUUUUAAUUGUUGUAAUUUAUGCUUGUAACUGUUUGUGUGUAACUGACGAAGCAAUAGCAACAAAUGAAAUUCCACGAGAUGAACAGCGACAGAAAUCUGUGGAAUGUAGAAUAGAUGAAGAAGUAAAGCGAGAAAUUCUCGGCUAUAAGCCUGUUGUCGAUAAAAUUGUUAAUGCUGUAACCAAAGGUGAUUUCAAAGGGAAGGUUUACGAUGAAUUGGCCGCCUUUGUUGAUAAGUUUGGUUCUCGUUAUUCUGGAACUAAAAACUUGGAGGAUGCUAUCGAUUACAUGCAAUCGGUGCUCAAAAAUCAUAAUUUGGAUAACGUUCACACGGAGCCAGUUACUUUUGAUGGAUGGUUCAGAGGUGAAGAGUAUGCCACUCUUAUCAAGCCACGUUUGUAUGAGAUGAAGAUUCUGGGUCUAGGAAAUUCCAUUUCUACUCCCGGCAGUGGUAUUGUUGCAGAAGCCUUAGUGGUGAAUUCAUUCGAAGAACUUGUGGCGAAGUCAGAUCAGGUGAAAGGUAAAAUAGUGGUAUACAACGAGGCGUUCAAAUCGUACGGAGAGACGGUGAAGUACAGAUCGAUCGGCGCCAUUGAGGCGGCUCGUCACGGCGCGGUCGCCGCCCUGCUACGCUCCGUGACGCCAUACUCGCUCUACACGCCGCACACUGGAAUGAUGCACUACGACCCGAAUGUCACCCGCAUACCCUUCGCCGCCAUCACCAUCGAGGACGCCCAGAUGCUCCGCAGAAUGAGUGAACGAGGUUCAAGGCUGGAGAUCGAGCUGAAAAUGUCCAACUCGGUGGAGCAGGGCCUGAAGUCGCGCAACUCGGUGGCCGAGCUUGCCGGCAGGAAGCUCGCGGACAGAGUGGUGCUGGUGUCGGGUCACCUGGACAGCUGGGAUGUCGGCCAAGGGGCCAUGGACGAUGGUGCAGGCGCGUUCAUAUCCUGGUACAGUCUGGCUGUUCUCAACAAGCUGGGUCUCAGACCUAAACGUACCUUGAGGGCAGUUCUUUGGACUGUGGAAGAGCUUGGUCUGAUUGGCGCAAAGCAGUAUGUAAAACGUCACUACAAAGAUUUGGAUAAAUUCGAUUUGGUAAUGGAGUCUGAUGAGGGGACGUUCACACCUUUGGGCAUGGAGUUUGCUGGAUCCGAAAAUGCUGAAUGUGUUGUACAAGAGAUUCUCAAAUUGAUGGAUUCGAUAAAUGCAACGAAAUUCCAGAGGGGUAACAAAAUGGGAAUCGGAUCUGACAUUGUAGAAAUGACAAGUUUGGGUGUGCCUGGUGCUAGUUUACUGAAUCAGAACGAUAAGUACUUCUAUUAUCAUCAUACCAAUGCUGAUACCAUGACAGUAGAAGAUCCAGAUUCGCUUGAUAAGUGCCUGGCUUUAUGGGCAGCGUUUUCCUACGUUGUGGCCGAUUUGAACAAAAAUUUCAAAGACUUUUAGUAAGCUACGAUGCUGUUUGCUCAACAUCCAGUACUCUCAACGUUUCACAGGUGCAAACUCGGUUGGGCUCAUCUGAAAUUGCAAUGAUAAGACAACAUUAAUUGAGGAGAGAUAAGACUAGGAAAUAAAGCUAUUUUAUGAACAAAUCAAAGAUCAAAUACACUGUUGUGCUCCGUCAUAAUCGUUUCAGCAAUCUCUCUUAAUGAAAUAUUUGUCUCAUAUUCUGAUCAAAUAGUAAUCAGUCCAUAAUAAUAUGGAUUUAUUUAUAAAUACAACUAAUGUACCUAUAUUUGAAUAUACUGUAUGUAACAUAUUUUAUAUUGUGAUAUAUGUAUAAAAUAUUUAUUCUUUAUUGA